AUGUCCAUUCAGGAUUUUGAUAUAAAGUCAUUCAGAUCUUUUGAAGAUCAGUCCUUAGAAGAUGAGGCCGAAGUGGAAAUAAAUCUGAGAACCGAUCCUCGUGUACAAUGGCUCAAGAACCGUAUUCUAGCAUGCUUCGGCAGGGCUGAGGACGAUUUAUUUUACGACAUGUUCGAAGAUCCAGUCACGAAGCAAAGUUUGGCGAAAUACAUCGCAGCACCUUUGAAACCUAACGAAUUGGCGUUAGAGAAACGAAUCUUCUACGUUAGCAAAAUUAUCGUUGAUAAACUUAUUCAUGAGGACAAGGAAUAUACAGAAUGGCGAAUCGUCCCUCCACCUGUAGUAACGGUACAACUAAAGAAAGGAAAGAAAAAAAAGGGCGGUAAAAAGGACGCCGAGACUGAUCAAGAGCCUGAACAGGAAGAUCAGAAGAAAGCUAAGAGCAAAGGUGGCAAAGGUGCAAAGGGCGGAAAAGGUGCAAAGGAUUCUGAACCGGAAGAAGAUGAAGAUGUAGAAACUGUAGCAGCAGCGGUAACAGAUGUAUCUGAUAUAGACGAGGCAAAGAAAUCGGCAACAAACUUGGCUACGGAAGAAGUGGCCCCAGUACCUGAAGAUCUGUAUUCUUUCCCACCACCUCCUGAAGAUUUGGAUCCUGAUGUAGAUGGAACAUUGGAGUUUUAUACUGUAAUUAGGUCAGUUCCACGUAUAAUCCUAUAUCCAAAGCUGAUACCUGUUUUCGGAGCAUUCACACCUCAGAAUACGAAUCGCAACCGACGUUAUUUCUACUUUAUAAGGCAGACUCAGGGUGAAAUACCACUAGCAGAAACAUCGAAGUUGACGAUGCUCAAAAUGCCAGAGUACAUUCUCGUCGGAUUUACAUCUGGAAAAGUGCUUAUGAGCUUAGGAUCGCAACUAAACCAGACGUUUGUGGCUUUAUUUGAGAAGCAAUUCCGUGAAAUCACGACGAUGCCAGCUGAACCAUCAUCGACAAUGAUAUCAAGGCAAGUUUCCUAUGCCGGAAAACAUUAUCAGAUGGAUGACACGACAUCAGAGAUAAAUUAUCUCCGUCCAUCUGAUUAUCGCCGAAUGUCCAAUGUAGCUAGAGGAGAGAACGCAGAACGCAGGAUUAAAAAUAUGCGUAAUGAAACGUACGUUGCUCAACCUCUACCGAAAGUUAUGAGACCGAAUUCUUCGAUAUUGACAACGCUAACAAGCGAGAUCCCAAGCGAUAUUGAAAUACCAAUCUCAGAUACUAGUGGCGAAAAGAAACCAGCAGCACACGAAGUUAUAGAUGACAUAAAAAAUCUGGUUGGAAUAGUUGAAUGGACAAUAGAGCACAUGGAGGGUGAGAUACAGCUUCCAAUGCCGAACAUCCCAGCCCUAAUGGAAGAGCGAGAGGAGAAUCACGUAGAUAUUAUAGACACACAACUCGCCUCUCAGCUAGAAGAAGCAAUCAUGAUGUGGCAGACGCAUAUCGAUGCUACAAUAUCUGCUUGUAUGAGUAAAACGCGAGAUGGCAAUGGCCCUGUUGCAGAAUAUAAGUACUGGCGUGAGAGAGACGCUGAAAUAUCACUGCUCGUUGAACAAUUGAAGCAACCAAUGGUAGUUAAAAUGCUAUCCAUGCUCAAGAAGGGUUUUCAACACUUCAAAGAUACACUUAUGGAACAAUACAACCUGGCUGGAGAUAAUCUAAAAUUUCUGUCGACCCUAAUGCGUUUUUUCACAGUACUGGAAGACGAUUCACCCCUUCAACUUGUAAUAGACAUGUUACCGGAACUUGUUGAAAGUAUUUACAUGAUGUGGGUCCUAUCUAAAGGUUAUCGCACCGAUGAGACUAUGAUCCCACUCCUAGGACGAAUAUCUUGGGCGAUGUGUGAUAAAUUGGAGAGAUUUCUCAAUGUGCACAAACUGUUUGACAAAUCAAAUGAAGAGAUCCUUUCACUUGCUCGAACAGGUCAGAAAAUAAUGGAAAUGUGGCACUCUUUAUACAAGGACACACGACGUAAUAUCGAAAUCAGUGGCAAGGGUGCACGUUGGGAGUUUGACCAGCCCCUAUUGUUCACACGCACGGAUUACAUUGGCACAGUUGCCAGAGAUCUUGGAGAUAUAGUACAGGUCCUUAUCGAUUUUGAGCGAAUAUUUGGAAACGAGCUCAAAUCUAUCAUUAGUGAUCCAACUCAGAUCGACGACGUGCGUAAACGUGUCAAGAAACUCGUUUAUCCCAUACGCACGAUCGACUUUAGCGUGUUUGUGUUUGACAAUAAGGAGAACUGGGAUGUCAUCAUGGGAGACUUUUGGAGUGAAGUUAGAUAUUUAGAAGAGGAAGCGAAGAAUUACAUUAACCAAUGCUUUAGCAGCUUACGAUCAUCUGAAGAGGCAUUGGAUGUUUUACUAAAGUUUAUGGAGUUUGAUAUAAGAGAAUCGAUCAGGUCACAACUGUCUACCAAAUUUGACCUCGUUAUGAGACAAUUUAUUAAGGAGAUCACGAUUAUCGAAGACAAAUUCACUCGUUACCGCAAAAAUCCACCUUUACUACGAUACCAUUCUCCGGUAGCUGGUGCCAUCUAUUGGGCAAGAGCACUAUUCAACAAGAUGAAACAGCCAAUAAUGAAAUUUCAGAAGGUACCAGAACUAAACGACUGCGAGCAAAAGAAGACAGCAUUCUUGCAGUAUAAAGCUUUCUCGAGACUCAUUAAAGAGUACGAGGAGACCAAAUUUAAAGAGUGGGUCCAAGGCGCGUCAGACUUCGUUGAUGAUGGGAUGAAAAGAAACAUUCUACAUGUCGUUUUCAUAAAAGAAGAUGAGCCAGCUACGACAAAGGGCCGUGGAAUGCAGUUGACUGCAGCAGGACGCGCUCAUGUCGCUAAGAAAAAAGCCUCAACCACGUCCAUUAGACCUGUUGACGUUGUAAACAAAGAAAUCGCACAGAAACGGCGAAGAGAAAAAGCUCUUAUGCUGAUGAGAAUCCCAGGUCAACACUACGAAAAUGUUAAAUCACCAAGUUCCAUAUCACUAUUAGCAAAGGAAGGAUUGACGGAUGUUACAUGGCGGGAUAUGACGGUUCAUAAGCUAAUGCAAGAGUACGAAUUGGAGUUUCAACCAAACUUCGAUAAACACAUCUUUCGUAUUAUACACGAAGCGGAGCUGCUGGAAAAAUUAGGGUUCGAUCUUCCUUCUAAUAUUAGAGACGUCUCUAUGCAAAAGUCUCGCCUUUACUAUGAACUUGAAGCGUUAACAUGUGUAAUAAACAAAUAUAAUGCAAGUUCUACUGGUUUGAGUCCCUCAGAGACCCACCUCAUGAAAAAACAUCUAUUAGAUAUGGAAAGACACAUAUUGCCUGGCCUGACACGAAUUACUUGGACCGCUUUGGGAAUCAAUGAAUACAUAAAAGAUAUUACUAAAGGUGAAAACUCUUUGAAGGCCGUGUACCAGCAAUUAAAAAUGGUUGAAAAGGAAAUCCAGUUUUUACUUGAUCAGAUAGAAAUGUUCGACCUGUUUCCGCUUCUGCGACCAAAAGACUACAUUGAUCCUUUAACUGGAUUACCGGACGAUACUUGGCUUUAUCCCUGCAAGACGUUCUUUGUGGAAGUCGAAAACGAACGCCUAGAACGGGUUGCCAUGCUGUCACGCCUCUACGACCGCAUUGGACCAAACCUUAUGAAGCUGGAGUAUUUAAUCCUGGGUACCAGCACCGGCAGAACAGCUGUCAUGUCAUCGUACUAUACUUUCUGGGAGAAGAAAAUAUUCAAAUGUCUUGUUACAUUAACCCUGGAAAACCUUCAGACCUUCCAAACAACAUUAAGUGAAAGAACGCCUGUUUUUCAAGUCGACGUUAUUUUGGUCCCACCUGAUAUCGCCAUGAGACCAACGCCUGCAGAAGUCUGCAAUAUACUCGGAUACAAUAUAAAACAUUUUCUUAAUAGGUUAACAACUUUUACUAGAUGGAUGAAGAAAUCCUGUCUGCCGUGUCCACCGCAAAAGAUUGCAGAGACUACAGGAAAUGAAUUCUACGUGUUUUCCUAUUUCGAGGAUAUCCUGCGAGUUGUUUCUAUAAAUGACGUCACGCUUCUCAUACAGGACACAAUUUAUCGACUUACCCAAGAGAUUAAUGACUACAUUCAAAAAUGGCAAAAGUAUCAGCAUCUUUGGGCUUUCGACAAAAACCUCUCAUGUGAAAAGUAUAUUCAAAAACACGAGCAAAUACAGAAGUAUGAUGAAAAGUUUUUCUUUUUCGAGGAUAUUAUAGCGGAUUUAAACAGUCACGUCAAAUUUGUUGACGUCGGCGCCAUAAGAGUGAAUUUGCGUCUUAUAAUCCAACAAGUGCAGGGACAUGCGCAGGAAUGGAAAAAUAUACUUGGUAAAUGUAUCGCUUCAAAGACCACGAUGAAUAUGCAUGAUUUGAAGAACCAAAUUGAGUCUCUUCGUACAACGAUGAAUAUGAAUAUUAAAGGGCUCGAAGACUUCAAACUGGUAAUGGCAACAAUCACCCAUGUCCAACAGCUGACAAUCAGCGCGGAAGUGAAGUUUAGGAACAUGCAAGAGAUCUUUCACAUGUUACGGCAACAUGGUAUUGAUGUGCAAGAUGAUGAUUUGUUAUUUGCUAAAAGUUUAGAAGCAUCCUGGGGAACCUUGUAUCAGACUUCACUGUUCCGAGGUAAAACUCUAGAGCAAACUAAGGAGAAAUUCUCCAAGAUGAACGUGGUAGAGAUAUCCAAGUUCCUUAAAGAGUUGGAUGACUUUGUGGAAAAGUUUGACAAAGAGGGACCUAGUACAGUUGGAGAAGAUUUGGACAGGGGACUAUUGCAUAUGGAGGAAUAUACUAAAUACUUUGAUGAGCUUGAAUCCAGGAAGAGAGCGCUCCAGCAAGCCGAACAGCUGUUCGACAAUCCUCUCGCAGAUUUCUCCACGUUCAACCGAGCUAAAACAGACUUCCAAGCUAUGGAACAGAUAUAUAAAAUUUACAAAGCACAAAAGAACGCGAGGGAGCUGUGGGCUAAGACUUUGUGGGUCAAUCUUAAUCCACAGGCUUUGGUUGACGGCAUCGAGCAGUUUUUCAAGGAAUAUAGGAAGUUAGCGAAAACCGUACGCCUCAGUCCCACCGGCAUGAUGCUAGAUACAAAAAUGAAGCAGUUCAAAAAUGUUGUUCCACUCAUGGUCUCCCUCAAGAACGAAGCAAUGCGAGAACGCCACUGGAAGGAGUUAAUGUUAAAAACAGGUCAAGAAUUUGAUAUGUCACCGGAUCGAUUUACGCUAGAGAAUAUGUUUGCAAUGGAGUUGCACAAGUAUCAAGAUGUCGCUGAAGAAAUUGUGAACCAUGCGAUAAAGGAAUUAGCAAUCGAGCGUGGCGUGCGGGACGUCCAAGAGACAUGGGCUAACAUUGCGUUCACGGUAGCCAGGCAUUUCAACCGAGGUGAAGACCGUGGAUACACUCUUAACCCAUGCGACGAGAUCACUGUCAAAGUUGACGACGAUGCUAUGGCACUGCAGAGUAUGGCAGCAUCGCAGUUCAUUGGACCAUUUUUGACAGUAGUACAGAUGUGGGAGCGACGUCUAUCUCUGAUAUCUGAAGUUAUUGAAGAAUGGUUGGCGACCCAAAGGAAAUGGCUUUAUCUAGAAGGGAUUUUCGUGGGAGGUGACAUUAGGGUUCAAUUGCCCGAGGAGGCAAAGAAGUUUGAUGAUAUUGACAAGGCCUUUAGAAAGAUAAUGUUGGACACUGCAAAACGACUAAACGUAGUUGAUUGCUGCAUAAUAAGCGGUAGGCUAGAAGAAUUCAUCAAUUUAGGAUUGGGUCUCCAGAAAUGUCAAAAGUCACUUAACGAUUAUUUAGAUUCGAAAAGGCGAAUCUUCCCAAGAUUUUUCUUUAUUUCAACCGAUGAGCUUUUGUCCAUACUUGGAAGCAGCGAAUGUAGUUGCGUACAGGAGCAUAUGAUCAAGAUGUUUGACAAUAUUCGAGCCUUAGAUUUGUACGUUGACCACACAAAUCGUCCAGUGGCCGCAAAAAUGAUAUCUGCUGAAGGAGAGAUUAUGGAUUUGCGAUAUGUUGUGUACACAGAAGGAAGGGUUGAAGAUUGGAUGAAUUUGGUUCUAACUGAAAUGCGCAGCACCAACAAGUUUAUAACUAAAAAAGCUAUAUUCUAUUAUGGCAAGAAUUGGAAGACCCCCAGAACGGAUUGGAUAAUGGAGUACCAAGGGAUGGUUUGUCUUGCUGCUAAUGGCGUUUGGUGGACCGCGGAGACGGAGGAGACCUUCAUAAGGAUCAGGAAUGGGAACAAAAGAGCGAUGAAGGAACAUUUGCAACAACAGAAUGAGCAGUUAGAUGGGCUCGUAGUUAAAGUUAGGCAAGAUUUAACCUCCAACGAUCGACUCAAGUUCCGAACGAUUACAACCAUAGAUGUUCACGCACGCGAUAUUAUAGAAGGCUUCGUGCGUGACAACGUCACUGAAGCCGCCGAGUUUGAGUGGGAAAGCCAACUUAGAUUUUAUUGGCAGAAAAAAGAUGACAACCUAUGGAUUAAACAGUGUACAGGGUUAUUCGAAUAUGGAUACGAGUACAUGGGCUUGAACGGUCGCCUUGUGAUUACACCAUUGACUGAUCGCAUAUACCUCACCAUCACACAGGCUCUUACUAUGCAACUUGGUGGAGCUCCUGCCGGCCCUGCUGGUACUGGAAAAACUGAAACAACAAAGGAUCUGGCAAAAGCCUUAGGUUUACUAUGCGUUGUAACGAAUUGCGGCGAAGGCAUGGACUUUAGAGCAGUUGGUCAAAUUUUAGCUGGCUUGUGCCAGUGCGGAGCUUGGGGUUGCUUCGAUGAAUUCAACCGCAUCGAUAUAUCGGUUUUGUCGGUCAUAUCGACGCAAUUGCAAUGUAUACGAAGCGCUUUGCUGAUGAAAUUGAAGCGGUUUACCUUUGAAGGUCAAGAGAUCGCAAUGGAUAGUAAAGUGGGCAUCUUUAUCACUAUGAAUCCUGGAUACGCUGGUCGAACGGAAUUACCAGAGUCCGUAAAAGCUCUGUUUCGUCCAGUCGUAUGCAUCCUUCCGGACUUGGAAAUGAUCUGUCAGAUAUCUCUGUUUUCUGAUGGUUUUCUCACCGCUAAGGUAUUAGCCAAGAAAAUGACAGUCCUAUACAAAGUGGCCCGUGAGCAACUCUCGAAACAGUCUCACUACGACUGGGGACUGAGAGCUCUGACAGCUGUGCUUAGGAUGGCUGGAAAGCUAAGGAGAGAUUCCCCCGGACUAAGCGAAAUAAUGGUGCUCAUGAGAGCCCUGAGGGAUAUGAAUCAUCCAAAAUUUGUAUUCGAAGAUGUACCACUAUUUCUGGGUCUCAUUAAGGAUCUUUUCCCUGGACUGGAGUGUCCGCGUGUUGGGUAUCCAGAUUUUAAUUCGGCGGUCGUGGAAGUUUUGGAGAAGGAUGGAUAUAUUGUGCUUGCUCAUCAGGUAGACAAAAUAGUCCAAAUGUACGAAACCAUGAUGACAAGACAUUGUACCAUGCUGGUAGGUCCUACGGGGGGUGGGAAAACUAUUAUUUACCAAACCCUUGUCAAAGCGCAGACUACCCUUGGCCUGCCCACGAAGGUCACUAUUGUAAAUCCUAAGGCAUGCUCCGUAAUUGAGUUGUAUGGCAUUCUCGAUCCAGUUACCCGAGAUUGGACUGACGGUCUCUAUUCGAAAAUAUUCCGGGAAAUGAACAGACCCGCAGAUAAAGACGAGCGCCGGUACUCCAUGUUCGAUGGUGAUGUGGACGCCCUUUGGAUUGAAAACAUGAAUUCAGUGAUGGACGACAACAAACUGUUGACCCUGGCAAAUGGCGAGCGGAUCCGACUGGCCCCAUAUUGCGCCUUGUUAUUCGAAGUUGGAGACCUCAACUAUGCGUCACCAGCUACUGUUUCUAGAGCUGGCAUGGUCUUCGUUGACCCGAAGAAUCUUGGAUAUCAGCCGUAUUGGGAUAGGUGGAUUCGAGGUCGCAAUAAUGAGGAGGAACGCGAACAGCUAGCGGGGCUGUUCGAGCACUAUGUUCCGGGCGCUAUCAACUACAUCGUAUUCGGCAUGUUCGGGCUCCAGCAACAAACGCCUCUGAAGACCAUUGUGCCACAGACGCCGCUUAAUUUGGUGAUGCAGUUGUGCUACAUGAUAAGCGGUCUUCUGCCGAACAGAGAAGACGGCAAUGAAGAAAUUGACAGAACUGUGGUCGAAUGUGUAUUUAUGGUCUCAAUGUACAAUAGCCUAGGGGCGGCCAUAAUCGACGACGGAAGAUUUGAUUUCGACAAUUACAUUAAGAAGGCCUGUCCAAUGAUGCUCGUUGAAGACACACCAGAAAAGAAAGCAACUACGAAACAUUUUCCAAUGGGUUUUCCUUCCCUAUACGACUACUGCUUGGAGUUGUCAACCAAGACCUGGGAGGCAUGGGAAUGGUUGAUCCCCGAUUACAUCCACGACAGAGAUGCGAAGUUCUCUGCUAUCCUAGUACCUACGGUCGACACGCUGAAAAUGACCUGGCUUAUCAAAAUCAUGGAGAGUGUGGAAAGACCUGUACUAUUAGUUGGUGAAACUGGUACAUCUAAAACUGCAAUCGUCAACAAUUACUUACGUGGGUUGUCACCGGAAAAAUACUUAAUUCAGCAGAUGAAUUUCUCGUCUCGCACAUCAUCUAUGGACGUUCAGCGUAAUUUGGAAUCUGUGGUAGAGAAGCGGACCAAAGAUGUAUUUGGUCCACCUGUCGGGAAGAAAAUGCUAGUGUUCAUCGAUGACAUGAAUAUGCCAAUAGUUGACACUUACGGCACUCAACAACCAAUAGCACUGUUGAAGUUGUUAUUUGAGAGAAAAGGAUUCUAUGAUAGAGGCAAAGAUCUCAACUGGAAGAAUUUGAAGGACAUAGGGUUCCUUGCUGCCAUGGGAAAGGCUGGUGGAGGAAGAAACGACGUGGAUCCACGUUUCAUUUCCAUGUUCUCCGUGUAUAAUCUCCAGUUUCCGUCGGAAGUGACACUGAAUCACAUCUAUAACUCCAUACUAAAGGGACAUUUCUCCAUAUUCCCCGAUGAAAUACAGGACAUUGUUGACAAAGUUGUACAAAUGACCCUGGACUUAUAUAAAAUUAUCAUCGUAGAAUUGCCGCCAACGCCUGCCAAGUUCCACUACAUCUUCAACCUCCGCGACCUAUCGCGAGUAGCCGCGGGCAUGUGUCUUACUCAUCCCAACUUCUUCAGUGAGAAGCGUUCUAUUGUCCGAUGCUGGAGGAACGAGUUCACACGCGUCAUAUGCGAUAGACUUAUCAGUGUAGCGGACAAUGAACUGAUGAAACAGCAUAUCCAAGAACAUGUUGUCAAAUUCUUUCCGGAAGCAGAACCAGUAGUUCUAGAGGAAAUCGUCGUCCCUGAAGAGGAAGCAAAAGUCGAAGAAGAAGAAGAGGAUGAAUUUAUGACGAGCGACACGAAACCUACAAAAGCUGCUCCUAUUGAAGAACAAGAACUGGAAGUGGAAGAAGAAGGAGAACCAGAACGAGAACUAACGCUAGAAGAGUACGUCCUCCGUGAUCCACUGCUCUUUGGUGACUAUCGAAAUGCCCUUGAUGAAGAAGAGAUAAGGUACUAUGAAGACUUGCUUGACUAUGAAGCAGUUUACUUCCUGUUCCAAGAGAUACUAGACGAAUUCAACGAGCGUUGUGGAAAAAUGUCGGUGGUGCUUUUCGAAGACUGCCUCGAGCAUUUGACCCGCACGCAGCGAAUACUGCGCAUGGACCGUGGCAACGCAAUGAUCAUAGGCGUCGGUGGCUCGGGCAAGAAGUCCAUCUGUCGCCUUGCUGCUUUUGCUGCUGGUUACGAUAUGUUCGAAAUAACGGUCACUCGCAACUACAACGAAAAUACAUUUAAGGAUGAUAUGAAAAAGUUGUACAAUCAGCUGGGCGUUGAAGGAAAACCCAGCGUUUUCCUAUUUACUGCUGCACAGAUUCUAGAAGAAGGUUUUCUGGAGUUCAUAAACAAUAUACUAAUGAUCGGUAUGAUACCCGCGUUGUUUGGUGACGACGAGAAGGAAGCCAUUAUCAACUCUAUGCGAAAUGAGAGCUCGGAGGCUGGAUAUGGUAUUGGAAAGGACGCGGUCUGGCACUACUUUUGCACCAAAUGCGCUGAUAACCUACACGUCGUUUUGUCCAUGUCACCUAGUGGUGACAUAUUGAGAAACAGAUGCCGCAGUUUUCCCGGGUUGGUAAAUAAUACGACCAUCGAUUGGCAAUUUCCGUGGCCGAAACAAGCUCUACUCGCCGUAGCAAACGUUUUCCUGGCAGAUGUACAAAAAAUACCAGAUGAGUUCCGUUCUAUCAUAGUUGAGCAUGUAGUGCAUGUACACAUGUCUGUAGCACAUUACUCUAUGGAGUUCCUUCUUCGCCUACGACGCAACAACUACGUGACGCCAAAGCACUACAUGGACUUCCUUACCAACUACAUUUCAUUACUGAACGAAAAGGAUGCCUUUAUUGUAGCACAGUGCGAACGUUUGAUUGGUGGACUAGCAAAGAUCGAAGAAGCUAAUGUCCAAUUGGAGGAUCUAAAUGCAAAGUUAGCUGUACAAAAAGUUAUAGUUGCAGAACAAACAAAAGAAUGCGAAAUUUUGCUUAAAGAAAUUUCCACAGCUACGGAAGCAGCGACUGCUAAGCAAACUGUUGCAGCAAUAAAAAGUGUUGAAAUAACAGAGCAGAGUAAGGUAAUAGCAGUAGAAAAAACUGACGCCGAAGAAGCAUUAUCUGCAGCAUUACCAGCACUUGAAGCUGCCAGACUUGCGCUUUCAGAUUUAGAUAAGAACGACAUUACCGAAAUUAGGUCUUUUGCCACUCCACCCGAGGCUGUGCAGGUUGUGUGUGAAUGCGUGGUAAUUAUUCGAGGUAUAAAAGAUGUAAGUUGGAAAGGCGCUAAAGGAAUGAUGGCAGACCCAAACUUUUUAAGAAACUUGCAAGAAAUGAAUUGCGACCUUAUCACACAAGCUCAAGUAAAGGCAGUAAAGGCACACAUGAAAAAAAGCAAAAAACUUGACACCAUGCAACAAAUCAGUAAAGCCGGAUAUGGUCUUUUAAAAUUCGUAACUGCUGUACUAGGCUACUGCGCAGUGUACAAAGAAGUAAAACCUAAAAAAGACAAAGUUGAGGCUCUAGAAAAAGAGUACACUGAAGCAUGCAAUUAUUUAGAAUCUCUUAAUAGAGAAAUCAAUCGUUUACAAAAGACCUUAGACGGACUCAAUAAUCGAUAUGACACUGCUAUGUUAAGAAGACAGGAACUCCAAGAAGAGACUGAUAUCAUGAUGCGAAGAUUAGUAGCAGCUGACAAACUCAUGUCUGGUUUGUCUAGUGAACAGAAACGUUGGACAAUAGAUUUAGCCGCAUUAUACGUUGAACAGUCUCGUUUGAUUGGCAACUGUUUGCUAUCAUCAUCGUUUUUGAGCUACACCGGACCAUUCUCGUUUUCAUUCCGACAAACGAUGUUGUAUGAGGACUGGAUGGGAGAUGUUCUUGAAAAGGGAAUUCCUCUAACGACACCGUAUACUGUUGAAAGAAAUUUGACGAAUGAAGUUGAAAUUAGUGGUUGGAAUUCCGAAGGACUACCCCCAGAUGAGCUUUCAGUACAGAAUGGAAUUCUCACAGUUAGAGCAUCGCGUUUUCCGCUUUGCAUUGACCCGCAGACACAAGCUCUCAACUGGAUUAAAAAGAAGGAAGCUAAGAACAACCUUAAGGUACUGUCUUUCAACGAUCCGCAAUUUCUACGACAUUUAGAAAUGGCUAUUAAAUAUGGCAUGCCAGUGUUAUUUCAAGACGUUAACGAGUACAUUGAUCCUGUAGUCGAUAACGUAUUGGAGAAAAAUAUUAAAGUUGAAAGCGGUCGUACAUUUGUCAUGUUGGGUAGUAAUGAAGUGGACUACGAUCCACAUUUCCGCAUGUAUCUAACAACGAAGCUCGCCAACCCGCAGUUCAAUCCAGCAGCCUAUGCCAAAGCUGUUGUCAUAAACUAUACGGUCACCGUACAGGGCUUAGAGGACCAGCUACUAAGCGUAGUGGUGCGGUCAGAACGAUCUGACCUUGAAGAACAACGUGAAAGUCUAAUCAUUGAGACAAGUGCUAACAAGAGUCUCCUCUCAGGAUUGGAAGAUUCCUUGCUAAGAGAGUUAGCAACAUCUACGGGCAACAUGUUAGAUAAUGUAGAACUCGUUAAUACGUUGGAGAAUACUAAAUCUAAAGCCGCUGAAGUAAUGGAGAAGCUUGAGCUGGCUGAAGCAACAACGAAAGACAUAGAGAUACUUCGAGAUGGUUACAGGCCCGUUGCUAAACGCGGCUCCAUCCUUUUCUUUGUUCUAUCGGACAUGGCAAGCGUUAAUUCGAUGUACCAGUAUUCACUGUCUUCUUACCUUGAUGUAUUUUCAUUUUCUUUGCGUAAGGCUAUGCCGAACGUAAUACUUUCAAAACGAUUGAGAAACAUAAUUGAUAUGCUUACCAAGAACGUAUAUGAUUACGGAUGCACAGGUAUAUUCGAGAGGCACAAGUUGCUGUUUUCAUUCCAAAUGGAUAUAAAGCUCGAGCAAAGCGAAGGUAACGUAACGCAAAUGCAGCUGGACUUCUUCAUCAAAGGCAAUAUCUCAUUAGAGAAGGCUGCAAGGGCUUGUCCAGCUACGUGGCUACCCUCACAGGGAUGGCAAGAUAUCGUAAAAUUGAGUGCUGACUUCCCAGAAUCCUUCGCCGAUUUAGUCGACGAUAUCACCCGAAAUCUGGACGAUUGGCAAGAGUGGUUUGACAGCGAUAAUCCAGAAUCAGCAGAUAUUCCAAAUGGAUAUCGCGAUAAAAUUAACCCAUUCGAAAUUCUGAUGCUGCUCCGCUGUUUCCGCGUGGAUCGCAUUUACCGAGCGUUGACAGAUUAUAUAACUGUUACAAUGGGAGUGGAUUACAUUACGCCGCCUGUCAUCAGUCUCGAUAUGAUAUACGAACAAACUACACCUUACACUCCAGUGGUCUUUAUACUAAGUCCUGGGUCCGAUCCCACCGCUGAUCUCAUGAAGCUAGCUGAUAAAUGCGGAUUUGGUGGUGGUAAAUUUAAAUACCUUUCUCUUGGUCAAGGACAAGAAGGGGCUGCACUUGCUUUACUAGAAGGUGCGAUCUCUCACGGACAGUGGUUAAUCUUGCAAAAUUGUCACCUGCUAGUAUCAUUUUUACGUGAACUAGAGAAGCAACUUGAAUUGAUGGAAAAACCACACCCGGAAUAUCGCCUUUGGCUCACUACAGAUCCUACACCUACAUUCCCUAUCGGCAUACUCCAGCGAUCACUUAAGGUGGUGACCGAACCGCCGAAUGGCUUGAAACUAAACUUACGCAACACGUAUUUCAAGAUGCGUGCGCAUGCGCUAGACGAAUGUGUGCAUCCACAAUUUAAAAAGCUUGUUUACGUGCUAGCAUUUUUUCACGCUGUUGUACAGGAACGCCGCAAAUAUGACAAGAUAGGCUGGAAUAUAUCAUAUGACUUCAGCGAGUCAGACUUUGUCGUUUGCAUGCAAAUCUUACAGUGCUACCUCGACAGGUGUUACUCCGCGAAAGGCCCUGUACCGUGGUCCACGCUUAAAUACUUGUUUGGUGAGGUAAUGUACGGCGGUCGAGUUAUUGACGAUUUCGACAGACGAGUAGUCAAAACAUACAUGGACGAGUACUUGGGCGAAUUUCUAUUUGACAAAUUCCAGCCUUUCCACUUCUACAAAGACUCCGUAUUUGAUUACGUCAUGCCACCUGAUGGGGAACGUGAAGAAUAUGUUGAUUUUAUCGAUAUAUUGCCUCUGGCUAAUACACCCGAGGUCUUUGGACUGCACCCAAAUGCGGAGAUCGGAUAUUUCAGCCAGGCCGUCCGAGAAAUGUGGGGACAUCUUAUCGAAUUGCAGCCGCAAACAAGCGAAGGAGGUGGUGCAAUGAGCCGAGAGGAUUUCAUUGAUACGAUCGCAGUGGAUAUCAUGUCUAAGCUUCCCCCGCUUUACGAGGUCUGGCGUGUACGGAAGCAGUUUGAGAUGAACAUUACUCCUAGUAUUGUUGUGCUUCUUCAGGAGCUUGAGAGAUUCAACCGUCUAGUAAGCAAACUACGAGUUACCCUCUCUCAACUGCGCAAGGCACUGGCCGGCGAGAUCGGCAUGGAUGCGGUGUUGGACAACGUCGCCUACAGCUUGUUCAAUGGACAGCUGCCGAAUGUAUGGCGCAGCCUCGCACCAGCAACGCGUAAGGGCCUCGGCGGGUGGAUCGACCACUUCAUGGCGAGGACAAAGCAAUAUACAGACUGGGCAACAAUGGAAGAGCCAGUGGUGAUCUGGCUGUCAGGACUCCACAUACCAGAGUCGUACCUGAUCGCACACAUCCAGAUGGCCUGUCGACUAUACACGUGGCCGUUGGACCGCUCCACUCAGUUCACACGCGUCACCAAGUUCACAUCGCCAGACGAUAUUGAAGAACGACCCGUUACGGGCUGUUAUGUUCGUGGACUGUAUUUGGAAGGGGCUCGAUGGGACUUGGAAGACGGUUGCCUGAGAAGAUCACAUCCCAAAGUUUUGAUAACUGAGUUGCCAAUCAUGUAUAUCAUACCCAUUGAGGCCCACAAGUUAAAACUACAGAACACAUUGCGUACCCCAGUAUACACCACAUCGACGCGUCGGAACGCUAUGGGCGUCGGUUUGGUAUUCGAAUCGGAUCUUUGGACCGCUGAACAUUGCAGCCAUUGGAUCUUGCAAGGAGUGUGUCUUGUGAUGAAUACUGACUAAAACCCCAUUCAGUUGACUGACUUUAAAUUUAUCUUAGAUUCAAGAUCUGUUUAACAUGUUUUUCUUAGAAG